AUGGCUGGUGCAUUAGAAAACGCAAGAAAGGAAAUCAAACGUCUUUCAAUCAAUGAUGACGAUGACGAAUCACAAUAUGGACAAAUCUACUCAGUUUCUGGUCCUGUCGUCGUUGCAGAAAAUAUGAUUGGAUGUGCGAUGUACGAAUUAGUUAAAGUCGGUCACGACAAUUUAGUUGGGGAAGUUAUUCGUAUCAAUGCCGAUAAGGCUACUAUUCAAGUUUAUGAAGAAACUGCAGGUGUCACCAUUGGAGACCCGGUAUUAAGAACUGGGAAACCAUUGUCAGUGGAAUUGGGUCCAGGGUUGAUGGAAACGAUUUAUGAUGGGAUUCAAAGACCUUUAAAGGCAAUUAAAGAACAAAGUCAAUCGAUUUAUAUUCCUAGAGGGAUUGAUGUUCCUGCUUUAUCAAGAAGUGUGAAUUAUGAUUUUAAUCCUGCAAAAUUGAAAGUUGGUGAUCAUAUCACUGGUGGGGAUAUCUUUGGGUCUAUUUAUGAAAAUUCAUUAUUGGAUGAUCAUAAGAUUUUAUUACCCCCAAGAGCAAGAGGUACAAUUGUUUCCAUUGCGGAAGCGGGAUCAUAUAAUGUAGAUGAUACCGUUUUGGAAGUUGAAUUCGAUGGUAAGAAACAUAGUUAUUCUAUGAUGCAUACUUGGCCAGUCAGAGUUCCUCGUCCAGUAGCUGAAAAAUUAACUGCCGAUUAUCCAUUAUUAACCGGACAAAGAGUGUUGGAUUCCUUAUUCCCAUGUGUUCAAGGUGGUACUACCUGUAUCCCAGGGGCUUUUGGUUGUGGUAAGACUGUUAUUUCCCAAUCCUUAUCCAAAUUCUCUAAUUCAGAUGUUAUUAUCUAUGUCGGUUGUGGUGAACGUGGUAAUGAAAUGGCCGAAGUCUUAAUGGAAUUCCCAGAAUUGUUUACUGAAAUCUCAGGUAGAAAGGAACCAAUCAUGAAGAGAACUACUUUAGUCGCCAAUACUUCCAAUAUGCCUGUCGCUGCUCGUGAAGCUUCUAUUUAUACUGGUAUUACGUUAGCAGAAUAUUUCCGAGACCAAGGUAAGAAUGUUUCUAUGAUUGCUGAUUCUUCUUCUCGUUGGGCUGAAGCAUUGAGAGAAAUUUCCGGUAGAUUGGGUGAAAUGCCUGCUGAUCAAGGUUUCCCUGCUUAUUUGGGUGCCAAAUUAGCUUCUUUCUAUGAAAGAGCCGGAAAAUCGAUUGCAUUGGGUUCACCAGAAAGAGUUGGGUCUGUUUCUAUCGUUGCUGCUGUUUCUCCAGCUGGUGGUGAUUUCUCGGAUCCAGUUACGACUUCCACCUUAGGUAUUACUCAAGUUUUCUGGGGUUUAGAUAAAAAAUUAGCACAAAGAAAACAUUUCCCAAGUAUUAACACCAGUGUGUCAUACUCCAAAUAUAAUAAUGUUUUAAGUAAAUAUUAUGAUUCUAAUUAUCCUGAAUUUCCUGCAUUAAGAGAUAAAAUUAGAGAAAUCUUAUCCAAUGCCGAAGAAUUAGAACAAGUUGUUCAAUUAGUCGGGAAAUCAGCAUUAUCUGAUUCCGAUAAGAUUACUUUAGAUGUUGCUACUUUGAUCAAGGAAGAUUUCUUACAACAAAAUGGUUAUUCAAGUUAUGAUGCUUUCUGUCCUAUUUGGAAAACUUUUGAUAUGAUGAGAGCAUUUAUUUCUUACUAUGAUGAAGCUCAAAAAGCAGUUUCUAAUGGUGCUCAGUGGUCAAAAUUGGCAGAAGCUACUAGUGAUGUCAAACAUGCCGUUUCUUCAGCUAAGUUCUUUGAACCAUCUAGAGGUCAAGCUGAAGGUGAAAAGGAAUUCAGUGGAUUGUUGACUACUAUCUCUGAAAGAUUUGCCGAAGCUUCCGAAUAG